CCCACCCUCUAAAAUCUCUGACGCAUCGUUACGCCCUCCUCGGCCUCAGACGGAAAUUACUUCAAGGGAAGCAAGUGUUGAUCUCCACCCUAACCCUUUCCUGUCUCAGUCUGAAUCCUGCGUUGAACACCGAGAAAUCUUCUAAAAACACCCGAGGUUGCGAAAAAACAAACAAAUAACAUUGGCCUUGUUUGGAGCUGACAUUCACCGACAUGAACAAGAUGGGCUGUAAGGUGCUGUGUCCCAGUGUUGCUCUCCUUGCUUAUCUUAUGAUCUGUGAACAUGUCCGAGCGGAAUGUACACCGCCUUCUUUUGCAUCAAGAAAUGUCGUUUUAACAGCAAACCAUCUCUCGACUCAAAGUUUCUCAGAUGGAUCCACUGUAACAUUUGAGUGCGUGAUUGGACACAAGCCAGUUAACUUAAAAGCAUCUAGAUCGGUUACCUGUGAGCAAAACCAGUGGACAAGUCUGGAACUCAGUUGCACAAGAAAAUCCUGUGGAAGUCUUGCAGAUUUCCUUAAUGGGAGAUAUGAUAUGACUGGGAAUUUAUUUGGCGACACGGCUAAACCAGUUUGUCACACAGGAUACAUGUUAGCGGGUAAGGAAACAACAAGAACAUGCCGAGAUCAGGGAUGGGAUGGCCGAGAUCCUCUCUGUGAACCGGUGAAAUGUUCAGCACCUCCAGCCUUAGAAAAUGGGCAACUUCAAGAUGAGCCUUUGGAUAGUUACGAUUAUUUAGAUGCAGUCUCCUAUAGAUGUAACACAGGACUUAAUCUUAUAGGACAAUCAACACUUCAUUGUUCUGAGGACGGAACCUUUAAACCAGAUCUGCCUAAAUGUUUUGAUGGGUGUCCAGUGCCUACAAUUCCUAAUGCAAAAAGAAUCGGUGGAAAAUCACCCCCCUACAAACUGGGCAACUUUAUAGAAUACAAAUGUGAAGAUGGCUAUACACUGAACGGAGAUGCUUCUAUUGUGUGUAAAGCAAAUGGAUGGAGCCCUGAACCACCACAAUGCAUUAAAGCAACCCUACCUACAACUCCUGAGAUUUCCACACCAUCCAAGGCUCCUAAAGAGAAUGCCCUACCUACAACUCCUGAGAUUUCCACACCAUCCAAGGCUCCUAAAGAGAAUGGAGACGCAACAAGUACACCAGCUGGAUGGGUUGUUGCACUGAUUGUGAUUGUGAGUGCUGUGUUGAUUGGUCUGGCUGUGUUUGUAGUGCUGCGUUUCAAAAAGAAUCGCUCAAAACACUCGUAUUCUGACAAGGUGGCAACUAAUAAUCGAGAUGAUCCAUUAUAACACCCUCACAUACGUGGUGUUCAUGAAGUUGCCAUGGAGAAAGUCUGUGAAGCAUCUUGCGAGUAUAUAUCAUUUAAAUAAGCACUUCCCAGAAUUGUCAAAGGCUGACUAAUUUCUGGCAGCAAAUUCCUCCAUAAUCAGACCCACUGUUGCUUUGAAAAGUCCAGCUUAAUUUGAACAAACUCCUUUCUAGCAGUCGCUAACUUCACCCCAUGCUGUGCUCUGAAAAAAAUCUGUCUUCACAUAAGUCACAUGUCACUUUUAUAAAGUGUUUGCUUGUCAUUUUUAACUUAAUUUUCAACACUGUUGAUGCAGUGAUCACUCUUCUGUUAAUGAUGUAGCUGAGAAUGUCUG